AUGUCGGAAGUAAAGACUAGGACCAGAAUAUGUUAUCGUGUCGAAAUAGAAAGCCUCGAGCAAAGCAAAUGGCUGGCACAUGACCUCAAUAUCAUUGGAAAGCGCGAACUUGCAUUUCUGGCUCAGCGGCCGUGUAAGAACUCGAUGGCUGGCCCACUACGCCUCAAUAUGAUAAUUGCGAUAUGCAUAGAGUCCUAUUACCAGCCAUAG